AUGAAGUGUUUUAAUCUGUUUUAUGGGUGUUAUUCAUGUGACUACAAACAAAAUUCGACAGUUGACGUUGACAAUUUGGAGUGCUCUGCUUGUCAAAGUGGCAUGUCGUUUGAGUCUCGAGAAAUUAAAAAAUGUGUGACAACAACAAAUUUGAUAGACAGUGAGGGGUAUAAAAUCGAGUGUAUCACGGGAUGUUCGACUUGUACGAACGGAACGAAUUGCCAAUACACAAAAUCGUUUGAGUUCACAGCUCGUUCAGAUGCAAAACUUUCAUACAAGAACCACAAAUACUGUCAGAAGUACCAAGAAGGGUUUGGGUGUGUGGAAUGCUCCAACUCAAUCAAUUUAAAUGGAAUUUGUUCCAAUAUGGAACGAACACAAAAAUGCUCGUUUUAUUUAGAAAAUGAUAACACAUUCAAGUGUGAAGGAUACAUCGAACCUUCAAAGACUAAAACACGUGCUAAAUUAAAGACCGAGAAUGUUGGAUGUGAGGUGUUAUCGAAUGGACUUUGUAUAAAGUGUUAUUCUAAAUACUUUUUGAAUAAAGAAUAUCCGCCAAAAUGUGAGUCCUGUAGUAACAAUUGUCUGAGUUGCACAACACCAACUACAUGUCAAUUGUGUUCGAAUGGGUUUUCUCUUGUUAAUGGAAGUUGUGUUUUACUUUUAAAUUGUUUAGUAUCAACACCAAGUGGAUGUACUGUGUGUAAUGAAGGGUAUUACCUAUUACUUGGUUCAUGUAAAAUGUUAAGUGAAAUUCACUGCAAAUUUGUUGUAAUUACAGCAAACAACGAGGUGCAAUGUGCGUUAUGUGAAGAGAACUACAUUUUGAGUGAGACGCAAUGUGUUGAUAUGUCGACCGCGCAUUGCCAGAGUGUCGACUUAUCAACUUCAAAAUGUACAAUUUGUGAAGAGAAGUACAAAUUUGAUGAAACCAAAAAAUGUGUUUCAAUGGAAACGACACAAUGCUCAUAUUCAUCAUCGGGCGAUUGCCUUCAAUGUGAUAAACAAAUCUCACUUGGAACAUCUAAUGAAGGCGAAUCAAUUUGUAGCACCGAAGUAAAGACUGGGUACUGCAAAGAAAACAGCAACACAGGGUGCGCCAAGUGCUUUGAUGGGCAUUAUCUGAGUGGCACCGAAUGUCUUCCGUGCGAUAAGAAGUGUUCAAGUUGUUCUAAAAAUGCAGGAAGUUGUGUUACAUGUGCUUUUGGGUAUUAUUAUGACACAACAAGCAACGAUUGUAUUUAUGUUGUCGAACUUGCUGAGAAGUGUAAAUUGUUCUUACUGAGUGGUGUCGAUUGUGCUACAUGCAAUGAAGGCUAUAUCCUCAUCAAUACAGAUUGUGUGAAAUGUGACGAGAAGUGUUUGAGUUGUGUGGGCAACGUUUCAAAUUGUGUGAAGUGCAAUGUUGAAAAUGGGUAUUACGAAGACGUCGAAUUUACAACAAUUGAAGAUAAGAAGUGUGUCAUCAACACAACACUUGACAAUUGUGAAUGGGUUUCAGAGUAUGGGUGUGCUGUGUGUCAUGAUGGGUAUUAUAAAAACAAAUAUUACAAAUGCACAAAAUGCAAUUAG